AUGACUCGAUUUGAAUUUUCUCAAAGAACUAAAACUAAAUCAGUUUCAAAAACAUUAAACAUUUUAUUUAACUGUAUUUAUGUUUUGACCUGUAUGGACUUUGGCUUCAGUCUGGGAGUGUACAAGAGGAUGAAGGUGUUGGAAAACAUAAGCCUUGUACUAAGGGUCAUGGUUGCCAUCAUGUGCGCCGCGAUGGUGAUGAAGCAAGACAUCCUGGACUCGGCCUGGGCCGAUAUAACGCUCACCGAGAGCCUGCUAGUCAUUGUGAGCUUCAAACUGUCCAAGCCCAAGCUCAGCUACCGAGAAUUGCUAGAGAACUUGUCAAUCGUGGACGAAACCCAAGGCGCUCCUCCAGCAGGCUAUAAGGUUGAAAGAAAGCUGAUCACGUACAUAGCGGGUGUGACCGCGCUGAGACUCACCGUGCUCUGUUUGUAUUGCGUCGCACACACCGAACAAUAUUCUAUCGACAACUUCAUUGAGUUCCUGUACAAUGUUCCCUGCUACUGUCUCGACCUUUACUUGAUCGUGCACUUCAUCAUCUUCCACUCAAUUUACUGUCGACUCAGAACCCUGAGGAAGGCGUUGAGUAACAACUUCGACGUGUACCGAGCUCAUUUAAUUUACAAGACCCUGAUAGAUUGCACAGAGGAGAUCAAAAAAUGCUUGGACAUCCCGGUGAGUCGAUCUGAUCGACACAGGCACAGUCUUCAUAAGCCGAUGGGAACUUUCUUAAAGAGUUAUCGAACACCCCGCGUUAUGUUUCAGCUUGUGGUGAUCCUAAUCGCGACGAUCCUUGUCGUGAUGGUCAACGUUUUGGUGACUCUGAGGAUGCUGUUCAAAGGAGAGAGUAUAAUAUCUGCAUUCUUGCUGCGCUACAUCGAGGUGAUCCUGUCUCUGGCGCUUCUGUUUGUGCCGGUGCUGGUGGCGGACAUGAUGGCACUCGAGGCCCACAAAAUACAUAUCUUUCUUCACGGCAGAAUGCAAACAGCUAACGAUUUGGCGGCUGAGGAGCGGCGGGAGGUGCGGCAGUUCGCGCACUACGUGGGGACGCGGCCGUUCCGUCUCCGCGCCUGCCACGUCCUCGCGCUGGACUCCUCGCUGCCGAUCACCGUCGUCAGCGUCUGCGUCACCUACCUCAUAGUUAUCGUGCAAUUCACUCACCUCUACUGA